CCUGAGAAGCAGUGUGUAGACUACCUCUCCAGUCCAGUCCCUGGAUAGAGGUGUAUUUUUUUUUUAUUAUUUUGUUUGUUUACUUGAUUUCGCCGUUUUGUAACGUUCUAGCAUGCGUCCGUGACUAUGUUGGCGUAUCGGUCCAAAUGUGGCUCAAACGAACCGGGUCUCAGUGAUGCCUUAGCGUCGCGUUACGUGAGACAGAGCAAGCAAACCUAUCGCAAAGUUUCCCUAUUGUACAGUAGAUGAGUGCGCGUGGACUUUAGGACAGUCCAGUACGUCAGGACAUUUGAGUCUGUCCUCUUGACAACACUACUACGUCGGUGUCGAGAGUUUAGCUUUGUUUUGGGGUCAGUCAAACACGGAGGACUUUUCGUCGUGUCCGCAGACAGGUUUAGUGGAUUUACGUCGUGUCCAAGGAAACGGAAGAUUAAAAGCUGAUGCUGUUGAGGUGAUUCCUGAACCCUUUCCAAGUCCAUCUCACUUUCUCGGCUCUGUCUCUACAUGUGCCCAGGGCAGCACGGAUAUAGCAGAGGGCCGCUGUGUUGACGGACUUGGUGACAUCAGGAACUCCCGCCUUGGUUCCCUCCAUUGUGUCUCAUGGAUCUCAGGCUUGCCUCAUUGACGCUCGGUACGCUACUGAUCCUUGUGACCUCUGGGCCACGGCCAUCCAUUGGACAGAAUGUUUACACCAACACAUGGGCCGUCCACAUCGCAGGGGGAGAGCAGGAAGCUAACCGGAUCGCUAGCAAACAUGGCUUUGUAAACCACGGGAAGGUAUUUGGAGAUUAUUAUCACUUCAGGCACCGCAGGGUGGUGAAGAGGUCUUUAUCAGAGCACAGAGGAACACACAUUCGCCUGCACACAGAACCUCAGGUAAUGUGGGCGGAACAGCAGGUGGUGAAACGAAGAACGAAGAGGGAUAUUUACUACGAGCCGACCGAUCCGAAGUUUGCACAGCAGUGGUACUUGUACAAUGAAGAGCAUCGUGACCUCAACGUAAAGGAAGCCUGGAAGCAGGGUUUCACCGGUCAAGGUGUCGUUGUGUCCAUACUGGAUGAUGGAAUUGAAAAAAACCACCCAGAUCUGAUUCAAAACUAUGAUCCAGAUGCUAGCUACGAUGUUAACGACGGCGACCCAGACCCCCAACCUCGAUACACCCAACUCAAUGAUAACAGACAUGGGACACGCUGUGCUGGAGAGGUUGCUGCUGUCGCCAACAAUGGCAUGUGUGGUGUCGGAGUGGCCUACAACUCCAAGAUCGGAGGUGUGCGCAUGUUGGACGGAGAGGUCACUGAUGUGGUAGAAGCUCAAUCUCUCAGUCUCAACCCACAGCACAUCGACAUCUACAGCGCUAGCUGGGGACCUGAAGACGACGGCAAAACAGUGGACGGACCUGCAAAGCUGGCCAAAGAGGCUUUCCUACGUGGCGUAAUGGAGGGCCGCGGAGGACGGGGCUCCAUCUUCGUUUGGGCUUCAGGCAACGGCGGCCGAGAGAAGGACAGCUGCAACUGCGAUGGCUACACCAAUAGCAUCUACACGCUGUCGAUCAGCAGCAGCACACAGAACGGCAACGUGCCCUGGUACAGCGAGGCCUGCUCGUCCACCCUCGCCACAACUUACAGCAGUGGAGGUCUCAAUGAGAAACAGAUUGUCACUACAGACCUCAGGCAGAAGUGCACAGACUCCCACACAGGCACCUCUGCCUCAGCCCCUCUGGCGGCAGGAAUCAUCGCCCUCGCCCUCGAGGCCAAUAAAAACCUAACCUGGAGAGACAUGCAGCAUCUGGUUGUGAGGACGUCCAACCCUGCCCACCUCACCACCAAUGACUGGAAGAUAAAUGGGGUGGGUCGCAGAGUAAGCCAUUCUUAUGGAUAUGGUCUGCUGAAUGCUGGGGCUAUAGUGGCUCUGGCAAAGAACUGGACAAAUGUUGGACCUCAGCGGAAAUGUGUCCUUUCCCUGGUGUCUGAGCCCAGGAAUAUUGGGAGUCAUUUGGUGAUCAACAAGAGUGUAGAUGCAUGUGCUGGGACGGACAAUUUUGUGAGCUCAUUAGAGCACGCUCAAGCUCGGCUCACCCUGUCCUAUAACCGCAGAGGAAAUCUGGCCAUCUACCUGAUCAGCCCGCAGGGCACCCGUUCCACGCUUCUUGCACCCAGACCUCACGAUUACUCGUCUGAGGGCUUCAAUGACUGGGCUUUCAUGACCACCCACUCCUGGGAUGAGGACCCUCGUGGAGAAUGGACAUUGGAGAUUGAGAACAUGUCUGGAACCAGUGACUAUGGCACUCUGACUCAGUUCACGCUGGUUCUCUAUGGCACAGCUUCUAGUUCCUCCGGCCCUUCAGCAGCAGACUCCAGUCACUGCAAAACAUACGACCUCAAUCAGAGCUGCACAGAGUGCAACCCCGGCUUCUACUUGCACGCCCAGGGCUGUGUCAGAGACUGUCCAGCCGGUUUCGUCGCAGGCACCCGUUCCAUCACCCCCCUAAACAACGAGGUGAUAGACGUCCUCCGUCCCGCCUGCCAGCCCUGCAACCGCGCCUGCCUCACCUGCAGUGGCACGGGCCCUGAGAACUGCCUCUCCUGCCCGCCUCACAGCCAUCUGGACGGCGUCACCGGCACCUGUCUGCACCUGAACCAGAUCCUGCGGGAAUCUCCGGACGGCGGGCUGUAUCAGACACAGGGCGAUGGCUCAUCCGUCAAACUCCAUCCAGAGCUCACCUCACACCUGCCUGUGACCGUGGCCGUGCUCAGCUGUGCCUUCAUCGUGGCUACGUUCGUGGCUGUGUUCGGCUUCCUGCAGAUGCACACACGUAAGUUGAACAAACUGCUCUCGGCCGAAACGGGGCCGGGAUCCGGCUUGCUGGUCGGGUUCGGUUUUAACCGCACCGCAGUUGCCUACAAGGGCAUCCCGAGUGUUUGGCGGGAGGACGAGGGCAAUUCCGAGUCUGAAAACGAGGAAUUCGAGAUUCGCAAUGAGAGGACUGCCUUCAUCAAAACACAAAGUGCUCUUUAACCCCUUCUUGCCCACGUUCCUCCCCUCUCUAGCCUCUACUGCACUGUUGUCUCUCUUUUUUUUUUUUUAGUGUUUUCCUUUUGGGGUUCGUCUGAACGGAUCUCGCUUUUGAGGGUUUUGGUUUGUUUUUCACACCUGUCGUAGUUAUAUGAGCCAUGAUUCACCUGGGGGGUUGACCUUUCGGUGCCUCAACAUGGAAAGCUUCCAAUCACAAGCGACGGGGACGAACCGAUUGCGGGGCUGCCCCAGAAUUACAAUAAAUAUGAUUAUUGUUUUCUCUCUUCCUCUUGCCUAGUGAGAUUUUAAGAAACAACAUGAUUUGCAUACGACAAAAACAAAGCUUUUCUUUGAGUGAAUGAGUAAGUGUGUGUGUGUGUGUAAACUACGUUUAUAUGAAGUCGGUCAGUGCUGCAGUGGGUCGGAUCCACUGGCUUUGCGCAGGGAGCCUUUUAGAAGAACAUAUCACUAUUUCUACAUGGUCUGAUGAAAGCAGAGCAGUGUGUUGUGGGUUAUACACGUUUGAAGAGCUUACUGCUCCCCCUAGAGCAUCUACAUUGCUGAAUUCAUAAUUGUUUUAUGCACAGUAGGCUGUAAAGGAAUAGUUCUCCAAAUGAUGAAACCUCUGCUCACCCACGUCAUUGCAAACCUGCUAUAGAGCUAUAUACAUACAUAUAUAUAUAUAUAUAUAUAUAUAUAUAUACAUACAUAUAUAUACAUAUGUAUAUAUAUGUAUGUAUAUAUGUGUAUAUAUAUGUAUAUGUGUAUAUAUGUGUAUAUAUAUGUAUAUAUAUAUAUAUAUGUGUAUAUAUAUGUAUGUAUAUAUGUGUGUAUAUAUGUGUGUAUAUAUAUAUGUAUAUAUGUGUGUAUAUAUGUAUAUGUAUAUAUGUGUGUAUAUGUGUAUAUAUGUAUGUAUAUAUACAGUAUAUAUUUAUAUGUAUAUAUAAAUGUGUGUGUGCAUAUCUCUAUAUGUGUGCACGUGUACAUAUAUAUCCAUAAACGUACAUACAUUUAUAUAUAUAUAUAUAUAUAUAUAUACACACACACACACACUCACAUGUAUACACAUCUGUGUAUUUGUGUAUAUAUGUACAUACAUACACAUACAUGCACAUACACAUGUAUAUGUAUAUGUAUAUACAUAUAUAGUACACAUACAUGUACAUAUAUAUGUACAUAUACCAAAUGAUUAAUUACAUCCAAAUAAAAGUUUGUUUACAUAACACACACCACACACACACACACACACACACACAUAUAUAUAUAUAUAUAUAUAUAUAUAUAUAUAUAUAUAUAUAUAUAUAUAUAUAUUACAUACAUACAGUAUAUAUUUAAAAAAAAGUAUUCACAUAUAUUUACAUGUAUAAAUUUACUUUCAUAUAAUUGAUAUUAUAUAUAUAUGUGUGCGUGUGUGUGCAUUUAUAUAUACAUAAUAAAUACACACGGUACACAUGAUGCAUAUAUUAUGUGAACAAUAACUUGUUACAGUUAAUUGUUUUGUUUUGAGUCAAAAUCUGGAAAAUGCCAUUUAGCUGAACAUCAUUAUUUUUGUAAUUAAUUAAUAUAAUUUGUAUAUAUAAACAAAAACACAGCACUGUAACAUAUAUAUUAACUUUUACACUGUGUUCUCAAAUCUCAAAAAUGUGAGCACAAAUGCUAAAAUCGAGAAUAUUUUCACCAAAUAGUGACUUCAAUGUAAACUUUAUACCUCAUAAAAUUACCAUAUGUCAUCAAAAGACUUAUAUAUAGUAAAUAUAGUGCGCAAGACCAUUUUUAUGUUGCUUUUGUUGUCAUUUCUGAUGCUUGACAUCAUUUCUCUCUCUUUAAUUGAUCUGAUGAUUCUAAAAACUGUCUAUUGUUUUUUUGUUUUGUUUUUUUAAGUAAGAUUUCAUGCAGGUUUGAAAUGACACGAUUGAAUAGGUGAAUAUGCUGAGUAGUUUCAUUUUAUUUGUGAGCAUUUCUUUGUGAACCGCAGAAUCCCUGCGCUCCCGACCGUACCGUACAGAGGAGAAAACUCUGAUGUCGGUCAGUUCCUCCGAGCCAGCUCAGCAACAUUAAGCUCUUCUCUUUUCUGAAUCUGUCCUCCAGUCAAGGUUUCGAAACACUAGAAAAGUUCCCAGUUAUAGGCCUAUUCUAAAAACACCUGGCUUCCGUAUUGUCAUAUUCAUGGGGAUCAUCCAUUCAUCAUUUAUGGAUGUUGGAGUAGUUGGGUGUGUUUUUGAAAUGAAUCAGAAAAAGGGCUGUGAUGACCCUCACCCAAAGCAGCUGCCAGAUAUCACUUGGGUUUUAUAGAUGAUUGGUUAUUUUUAUCUGCUCAAGUCAUCAGGUUAUUUUCUUCGCUUAUUACGGUUUGCUGUAGUAGCACCCUUGGCCUUGUCAGCUCAUCUGCACAAAUAUAGUGCUGUUGUAUUUUUGUCUUUAUCUGAAUCACACAUUCAUGAUCCACAUAUGUUGGUCUCAUGCAGUAUCUUUACAAAAUGGCAAUGUUAUCUAUGGAAUCUGUGCAAUAGAAACCCAGAGUAAUGCGAUGAUGUGCUGAUAGUCCGACUUCCUUUGUCGUAUCAUAUCAAAAUGAGUGGCGGAGACUGGUGAGCACUAUCAGCCUUUCAAAACCAUUGUUUCUUAACAAAGGACACAACUUAGGCCAGUUCACAAACUACUUGGACGUUCUUCAGCCUUGCCUUAGUUUAAUUUAAACGCUUCGUUAUAUAAUGAAUACAUCAAGGCUCGCCUUUUUUUAAUCUGUGUACUGUUCAUCUACACAGUCUGUAAACUAACAGAACAUCUUCAUUUAUGACACCCUACAGUUUCACAGCUGUUAAACAAUCAUGAGACUUUAUGAUAAUGUCAAUUUUUAAUGCUUUUGAAAUACGUUUAUUCAUUUCCCUACACUUUUGUUUAGCUAAACUGUAAAAAAACAGCUGUUCUGCCCCCUGCAGUAAUGAUUUAGUGUUACAGCUGUUUUGGAAAGCCUUAAAGAGCGUGAAGGCAUGACCAAAGAGCACAGGAUGAAAAUCUGCUUGCCUUAGAGCUAUAACAUGACCUGAAAACACACUUAAAAAAAAAAAAAAAAAAAAUACAAAUGUAGUUCUUUUUUUUAUUGAGGUUAGUUUCAGUUUUGAAUUAGAUAAUUGAUUUGGCCAUACACCUUCAGAAAAAGCUUUGAGUGGCUAUUGAAUGACAUUUUAGCGGUUGUGGUGUAAACUCAUGUCGUGGCAACAGUUUUUACCAAGGCCACAUGCAAUAGGUUUUCACCCUGAUGGUGCGAUGAUUGCAUUGCGCUUUAAGGGCUCGAGUGUUCGUGUGUGUGCUUGUUUGUUUGUUUGUGUGUGUGUGUGUGUGUUCAGGCUCAAGUGAGAACCUUCUGGAAGCAUAGGAUUAUUUUCACCUUUAUUUGAAGAGUCAACUGAUGCAUGUAGAUCCCCAAGUAGAAAACACCAAUCAUUUGUAUGACUACCUGAGACGGGACAACUAUAUAAAAAUAAGGCCUAUUUUUGUACUAUAUAUGGUGCAUUGUCAUUUACAUGUAAUUUAAAGAUUAUUUUGCUCUUUUUUUUCUUUUUAUUUAAUUGAUGUCAAUAUGCGAAUUAUAGAUUAUACAAAAAAAAAAAAAUAAAGAUCUAUGCAAACUUCA